AAAGUCACGCUUUGGUACAAUGUCCUCCUAGUAUGACAAGUAAUUUGCCUUAGCUUGUGUUUCCUCUUUCCCAAAGCACAAAUUCACUUGGCUUGGCUUCAAAACAUCAGCUACAGCAGAAUGUUUAAAAAGCUCACCAAAUUCAUUGUAAAUCAAAUGGAUCCAUGCAAAGAAUUGGUCCCUGUCGAGAGCAUUGCAGACAAUGAGCACUUCAGGCCUCUCUAUCUACUGAUAAAAAAGAGAAAACCAAAAACCAUAUUCCAUCCAGCUCCUUACUACCAGCGGACAGGGUUCACACUGCAUGAUGUGCUGCUGCCUGGAAAAGAUGGUGAAAGCAUAGAUCCCCUCCUUCAAGAUUCCAGCCAAUUUCCUCUCACAAAAAAAAGCACAGACCAAGCUGAUGGAGGUCUCAGCAUUUCAUUUGACCCUGCAAGUGCAGGACUGCAAGGAGGUGCCUCCUUCUCCAAAGAGUUUUCCAUUAUGCCACAGAAGAAGAGCAUUUCAAUGCCAUCACUGGAGGCACUGAGAAGAGAAAGAGAAAUCAACAUGGAUCAUUCCUUCAUCCAACAACUACAGAAAACAGACGUGGAUGUAUACAUGGUCACUGAAACCCUCGAAGCCUCAGAGGAGACUGUCUACAAGGAAUCCACCAAGGCAGACGGGGGCUUCAUGGCCAAAUUUUAUGCCACAUUCUCUGCAAAGGGUACCAGGGAGGACAAACAAACCAUAGUCAUACCCAAGGGCUGCACCCUGGCAUUCAGAACCAUGCCUCUACACAUUGAAGAUGGUGCAUGGUAUGAAUCAAUGGGAAAAUUAGAAGAAGUGGUGAGAGAAGUGGAAUACCACUGUCAAAUUUUCUCCAGCUUGUCUCCUGACCACCUGCUCAUUGUCUUCAACACCAUCAAAGCUGUCAUGAGAGACAAGAACCUCCUUCAAGAGCUCAGACAGAAAAUGGAAGAUAUAACUGAGCAAAAGGAUGGGUAUGAGCUGAAAACUGAGAGCCCAGACUUAAAAGAUCUGUUCAGCAUCUUACAGCAUUCUCCAAGAGAUUGCCUCCUUCAGCUGGCAGGAGGAAUCACCUACAUCCUUGAUGCUUUGCAUGAGUUAAUGGAUGAUCAGCUGCUGCUGCUGCUGGAAUCCUGGGAGAGGAAGAUUCUGUCCCAACAGCUGAACCUGGUUGCACAGGUACUGAAAUAUGACCUGGAGGAUAAGAUGUGUAAUUUCCAAGUGGAUGCCAGCCUGCUCUCCUUCCAACACAAGGAGGAACAGGUGUUCACCAUGAAACUGGUGGAGAUGAGUGGAGUGCAGCUCCAGGAAGAUGGAUCAGCUGUCCCUAGGGAUCAACCCCUCGAGGCCGUGGCAGCCCUGUUUGUGGCCCUGUACGCCUUCAACAUCCUGAGUGGCUCCAAGCAGGACACACCAGGCCCUGCCCAGGGAAAUCCUCUAUAAAGCAUCAGGAAAUCCCUGCAGACCAACCACCUUUCUCUCCCAAUAUCAGCUUGUUAAUGCUCAAGGUUGCUUUGGCUGG